UUGAAAGUAUUGUUUUCUGACAUGGUCAAGCUGAAAAAGAAGGAAGCGCAGGCACCUAAAAAGCCGCUAAGUCGCAAGGAACAGCGUAAACUAAAACAGGAGAGGAAAAAAAACAAUAAGAGGAUCUACCAUGCGGACAAAGCAAAUGGAGCUCAACGCGUAGCAGAGGCAGCAGCGGCUGCAGCUCUAGCAGCGAAUAAAAAUGGUAGAAAAAAGAAGAAACCUAAAAAGAAACAGUUAAAACCAGAAGAAAUUUCUCGGGAGGAGCUGCUGGCCGGCGAAGUAGAUGACGAUAAUGAUGAAUCUAUUGCCUCCGACUUUAGUGAUGCGGAAGUGGAUGCUCGGUUGCCGGCAGAUCGUAAAGUUGAAAUAUAUGAACCGGUGGGUAAGAAGCCCAAGAAACACGCUGGCAUCCAGAGAUUAGACGAGAUGGAAGUACGAAAACGAGAAUUGCGUCAGCAAAAAGAGCUGCUAAGCAAAUCACGGAAACAGCGAUUGAAGAAGUUGAAAUUGGAGAACGAAGAGGAGGAUAAGGAAAUUGCCAAGCUCGAGAAAAAGUUGAAGCUCAACAAGACCAAGGAUAAGAAUCGUUCAGUUCGAAAAAUGUUCAACGACGGAUUGGACUAUCUGCUCGAUUUUGUGUUGGACGACGAAGAAGAGAAACAGAAAUGGGAGGAAAAGCAACGUCGUAAAAAAGAACUUAAAGAGCAGCAAGAGAAGGAAGAGGCGGGCAUGUGGAGUGACGAUGAAGAUGAACCAAUGGAUUUGCCGGACGAGGACAGCGAGACGGAGGAAGUUGAUGGCGAAAAUGAUCUGACUGAUCAAAGUGAAAUGGAGGAGGACGCUGAGGGAUUAGAAUCAAACAGUGAAGUCGAACUGGAAGAAACAGAAAAAACAACAUACAAGGAAGACAUUUACGGUCGUCGCAUAGAUGCCGAGGGAAACAUUUUGCCUGACAGUGCAGAGGUGGAUGCAAAGGUGACUGGUCAGAAAUAUAUACCUCCACAUCAACGCGCGCUGCUUGCCGCCAACGAGAACUCCAGUGCCCAACAGGCGGAGCAACUGGCACGCUUGCAGAAACAAUGCAAGGGCUUGCUUAAUCGUUUGUCCGAAGCAAAUCUUCACAAAAUUUCUAGUGGCAUCGAGACGUUAUACAUGAAGAACUCCCGCUACAACAUGAACGAAACGCUGACAAAACUGCUGCAAGAGGCUCUGCUUGGUCGAUCACGAUCCAAUGAGCGCAUGGUGCAAGAACAUAUGGUUCUGUUAGCGUUUCUGCAUGCUCACAUUGGCAGUGAGAUAGGUGCGCAUUUUUUGCAAACUUUCGUGGAACAAUUCGAUGGCUUUGUGAGGGAGAUUGACGCUCUGGAUGUGGAGGAUAAACGUCUAAACAAUUUGGUUCUCAUCCUGUGCUACAUGUACAUCUUUAAGAUCUACGAACAACGUUUGUUACUGGAACUGAUUGCUCGACUUGCGGGUAGCCUGUGCGAGAAGUCAGUUGAGUGCCUGCUCCUGAUCUUCCAAACGGUUGGAUUUCGUUUACGCAAAGAUGAUCCAUUGGCCUUUAAAAAUAUGAUGCAAAAUGUGCAGUCGCAAAUUGCGGCAUCACCACUGGAGCUGAAGGAGAAUCCUCGCUUACGUUUUAUGGUUGAUAUACUAAAUGCUGUGAAGAACAACAACAUGAGCAAAUUGCCUCAGUAUGAUCCUGAGCUGGCGGAGAUGCUUCGCAAACGCCUCAAGGGAAUGCUACGAAAUGAACGCUAUGUUGUCACACUGAAUAUCACCUUGGAAGAUUUGCUACGUGCCGAUAAGCUAGGCAAAUGGUGGAUAGUUGGUUCAGCAUGGGCGGGGAAUCUGGCCGAAAUGGGCACGGCGCAGGCAGAGCAAGAGAAGCAGCUUCAACAACCUCGAGGCGAACGUUACUCGGAAAAGCUACUGCAACUGGCCAAGAAACAACAUAUGAAUACCGCCGAACGUCGCAGCAUCUUUUGUAUUAUCAUGAGCGCCGCCGACUAUGUAGAUGCUUUCGAAAAGAUUCUGCAUUUGUCACUGAAAGAUCAGCGAACCGUUGCCUAUGUGAUCAUACACUGCGCGCUCAAUGAGCGACAUGCGAAUCCCUACUAUGCUCACCUAGCACUGAAAUUCUGUCAGUACAAUCGCAAAUUUCAGCUGGCCUUUCAGUUCGCCAGCUGGGAUCGUAUCAAUGAUAUUGAAACACUUUCAAAAGUUCAAAUACGCAACUUCGCCAGCUUCCUGCAGCAGCUAAUACUUUCGGCUGGCCUGCAACUGUCUGUGCUGAAAGUUGUGGACUUUAUGCAGUUGCAUAAACUCAGUUUCUACUUUAUGCGCGAGAUUAUGACGCGGCUGCUUCUGUCUAGCGAGGAGACUCAACUCUAUCAGGCAUUCGAACGCAUAACCAAAAAUUCGAAGCUGCAGCAAUUCAAGCAAAGCAUUCGCUUGUUUAUGCAGCACUUUAUGCUCGAGAAACUGGAAGAGCACAAGGAAGAGCAACAGCAGGUUCUGCGACAGCGCAUCGAACAUCUGGACAAGCUAUUGGCUUAUGUAGAUUUGUAAAUUACAACAUUUUUAUAUUGUUUAUUAAACCCUAAUAAUUAACAACGCCUUUAAGCUAUUCAUAU